AUUCUUUUGACCCUUGUUAUUAUAUAACCCGAUUUGCACAAUUCCCCAUAAACCAUAUUUAAGAAACUUCAGUUUCUGAUUUGGCUGGCCCUUUUCAGAAGAGAUAGUAAGAGAGGGAGAGAAAGAAGACGAGGUUAUAAUGGUGGCUCAUAAGAGGAUCAAUAACCCUCAACAACCAACAUACAUUUGCAUUAUCUUGUUCUGCCUCUUGGUUUCUCUCUCUCACCUUGGAAGAGCAUCUUCUUCAUCAUCAACCUCGACCUCGACCUCGACAUCUUUCUUCAAUCUUUCUCUCCCACACCAACACCCAUUCCCUGAAGAUGUCGUUCUUAAUGUUCAAAGAAAACUCAACGACUCUCUCUACAGAAGAAACCUUCUCACUUACCAACAAGACGGCGACACGACGGCGUCGGCUCCAAUACCAUCUUGCAUCACCGGAAACCCAAUCGACGACUGCUGGCGUUGCGACCCAAACUGGUCUGAAAAUCGCCAACGCCUCGCCGACUGCUCAAUCGGCUUUGGACAAGGUACGCUCGGCGGCAAAGGCGGUCGAUUUUACCUCGUCACCGAUUCCUCUGACAACGACGCGGCGAACCCAAUUCCCGGAACACUUCGUCACGCCGUGAUCCAGCCGGAACCUCUCUGGAUCGUAUUCUCCGGCGACAUGGGGAUCAGACUCAAACACGAGCUCAUCAUCGGAAGCUACAAGACAAUCGACGGUCGAGGCACGAAUGUCCAAAUAACCGGCCAUGGAUGCCUAACGAUCCAGCAGGUGAGCCACGUCAUCAUCCACAACGUCCACAUUCACCACUGCAAACCCUCCGGAAACACUCUGGUCGCUUCGUCGCCGACACACGUCGGAUUCCGAGGAGUCUCCGACGGCGACGGGAUCUCUGUCUCAGCUUCGCAUCACAUUUGGGUCGAUCACUGCUCUCUCGGAUACUGUAUGGACGGGCUAAUCGACGUGAUACUUGCAUCAACCGCCGUCACAAUCUCCAACAACUAUUUCUAUCACCACGACGAGGUUAUGCUCUUAGGUCACGACGACCGGUAUACGGCGGACUCGGGGAUGCAGGUGACAAUAGCAUUCAACCAUUUCGGGGAGGGACUGGUGCAGAGGAUGCCUCGGUGUAGGCACGGUUACAUCCACGUCGUCAACAACGACUUCACGGCUUGGCAAAUGUAUGCAAUCGGUGGAAGUGCUAACCCUACCAUCAAUAGCCAGGGUAACCGUUACACCGCACCCAUUGAUCCCAAUGCCAAACAGGUGACGAAGCGCGUGGACACAAACGAGAAACACUGGGAAAAAUGGAACUGGAGGACGGAAGGAGACGUUAUGGUUAACGGAGCGUUUUUCGUGCCGUCAGGUGACGGAGUCAGCCCUGCCUUCGCCAGAGCUACCAGCGUUCAGGCGAAAGCCGCCGCUAUCAUUGACCAGCUCACGGUCAACGCCGGCGUUUUCGGCGAUCCUAGUGGGAGAAACGGCCAAGGAGGAGGUUUUCCCGGAAUCACGGGCGGUGGUGGGACCAUCACACGCGGUUACAGUAAAGGUGGACCAGGUGGCGGUGGCGGCAGUGACAGCGACAGCGAUGAUGGCCUUUUCUCAAUGAUAUUCGGUAGCAAUACCAGUGCGGCGGUGGCUCUGAGACCGGUAAAAGUCUGGUCGAUUUUAUUCAGUCUCAUUUUACUUUGGUAUUUUCCACACCAUACGAGAUGAUAAUUUCAUCAUUGGUUUAAGGGUUUAUUAUUUAUUACUUAUGGGUACAAAAAAAAAAUAUGAAAAAAGAAAAAAAAACGAAUAUACAUACUUUAAAAUAGAUAUAGGUACACGCGCAUUUGCAAGUUGUAGAAUA